AUGCUCAGGAGCCUGGACAGUGAGGGCCAGCAGCCGGAGGAGCCCAGGGAAGGGCGACGGCCAGCGCAGAGUCGUCCGGCAGCUCCAGGCCCAGCCCUGCACACCUUCCUUCUGGCCCUGGCCUCGAGUCUCCUUGCUGCUGCCUACAGCCAAGCUCCUGUUGGCAAACGCCAGGGCCAGGGCAUCGGCUGCCGCGCGCACCCGCCCGCCCGUGUGCCCACCCGCGCCCAGCAGCCCUUGCUUGGCAGUUUCCGGGCACGUGAAGACGCAGGCGGAGACAGGGCCUGGAAAAACACUCAAAGAACCCAGACCAGAACCCACCCCAGAACCCAGAGCAGGAACCACACAGAAACCACACCAGAACCCACACCAGGAAGCACACCAGAACCGACACCAGAACUUACAGCAGGAAGGACACCAGAACCCACACCAGGAACCACACCAGGAAGCACACCAGAACCACACCAGAACCACACCAGAACCCACACCAGAACUUACAGCAGGAAGGACACCAGAACCCACCCCAGGAACCACACCAGAAACCACACCAGGAAGAACACCAGAACCACACCAGAACCGACACCAGAACUUACAGCAGGAAGGACACCAGAACCCACCCCAGGAACCACACCAGAAACCACACCAGAACUUACAGCAGGAACCACACCAGACCCCACACCAGGAAGCACACCAGAACCACACCAGAACCCACACCAGAACCCACACCAGAAACCACACCAGAACCCACACCAGAAACCACACCAGAACUACACCAGAACCCACACCAGAAACCACAUCAGAACCCACCCCAGGAAGCACACUAGAAACCACACCAGAACCACACCAGAACCCACACCAGGAAGCACACCAGAACCACACCAGAACCCACACCAGAACUUACAGCAGGAAGGACACCAGAACCCACCCCAGGAACCACACCAGAAACCACACCAGAACCACACCAGAACCCACACCAGAACUUACAGCAGGAAGGACACCAGAACCCACACCAGGAACCACACCAGAAACCACACCAGAACCACACCAGAACCCACACCAGAACUUACAGCAGGAAGGACACCAGAACCCACACCAGGAACCACACCAGGAAGCACACCAGAACCACACCAGAACCCACACCAGAACUUACAGCAGGAAGGACACCAGAACCCACACCAGGAACCACACCAGAACCCACACCAGAAACCACACCAGAACUACACCAGAACCCACACCAGAACCACACCAGAAACCACACCAGAACCACACCAGAAACCACAUCAGAACCACACCAGAAACCAUACCAGGACCCACACCAGAAACCACACCAAAACCCACACCAGGAAGCACACCAGAAACCACACCAGAACCACACCAGAAACCACACCAAAACCCACACCAGAACCACAUCAGAACCACACCAGAAACCACCCCAGAACCCACAACAGAACCACACCAGAACCCACACCAGAAACCACACCAAAACCCACACCAGAACCCACACCAGAAACCACACCAGAACCCACACCAGAAACCACACCAGAAACCACACCAGAACCCACACCAGAACCCACACCAGAACCACACCAGGAAGCACACCAGAACCCACACCAGAACCACACCAGAACCCACACCAGAACCAUAUGAGAACCACACCAUAUCCACACCAGGACGAGGAGUGGAGGUUGGGGAUGGAGGAUGUGGCCUGUCUACCCGAGAUUCCCCGCAGCCAAACUGUGUCCCCCUUACUGAAGACACUCUGUGUGACGAUCUGGUGAUUCAGAGGGGACGUGGGCACACAAUCCUUAACAGCCACCAGGACUUCACACUCCCGUGUGGAUGGAGGACAAGAAGCCACUCUAAGGCCCAGGAAGUCUUCACGUGAUGCUCUGAACAGGGAAUUGGGGCGAGGGUCGCCGUUCCCGUUGAGCGUGUGGACCUUUCACACACUGACUCUGAAAAGACAGAGUUCUGAGCCUGGAGAUCCACAGUCUGGAGAAGGCACUUCUCCUUCGAGGGACACCGUCUCAGUGAGGCCCCUGGAAAGGGCAGAUGGCUGGGAGUCAGGCCCGACAGUCUCUGGGCGCGAGGGACGUAGAGGUGAACUGAGUGUCUGGAGGCCUUUGUGCCCAGGUGGCAGUGUGUGCCAUCAUCCGGAGACCCCUCUCCUGGAGCCAGAGGAAAGCACUCAGGACCAGCAGGGAGAGGCGUGCUGUCCCCAGCUCCUGCUUCAGAGACGUUCCGCUGAUGACAUUGUUCCUUCUCCCACAACAACGAGAGUUCUGGUGGCUGUGUGGACUUCUGCACGGUCACCACAAGUCCACAGUGAAGCCCAGCCUCCCCGGCGUCUCCGGCACCUUCCGCCUCAGGCCUGGUCUGCUUGGAGUCCCGUCCUCUGCAGGGGUGUUCCCGUGCCGGCCCCUGGGCUCCCGUCCCCUCCCUUCUCCGCGGGGCCUUGAGGCCUGGCUUUGAGGCCUGGGCUCUGGCUUUGCAGGGCACCUUUGCAGACCACGGGGGCUUCUCCUGGUCCACUGUCACCUUGGCUUGCCUCCUUAGCAGCCGCUCAGCCUUGUCCUGGGCGUGAUGGUGACGGCAGAGGACACGCAUGGCUUUGGUGGGUCCAGGGUGGUUCUUGCCUCUUCUUCCUCUGACACAAGUUCUGGAAGGAAAUGACAAACAUGUGACAGUGACACUAGAGGAGACAAUGACAGAGAUUUUUCGCAGAGUUGAAAGUCCCAGAAAGAAACCUGAAAGAUUUAGGAGACCCUCAAUAAGUCCAAAGAAAGAUAAAUAAAAGUAAAUAGAUUUAUGUCUAAAUAUGUAAUAUUAUAUGUAACAAAUAUGCAAUAAUAAACUGUGAAAC